UGUUACACUUUUCUAUUCAAUUUGUUGUUAACUGUAUUACAUAUAUUUCUAAAUUCUAUUGAACAAAUAUGGAAGACCAUCGACCUCAAAAUUAUAAAACGGCUAUAAGGGGCUUUAAUGUUUUUAAGCGAAUUCAAGCAGAACUCAAUACAACACAGAAUAAAGUUCUUUUGGGCUUGACGGUUGCUGCAGCUGCUGGCGUACUUGGUUACAACAGUUACGUGCGGCAUAAAUAUGAACGUCUUGGCUAUUAUUUGGCCUUCAGAGAGGAUGGCAGCAAAGAGUUUAUUAAAAAGAAAUCCAACUGGGAGACGUAGAAAACUUGCAAGCAAUGCAUAGAAUUUAACUUAGUAAUGGCUAUGUGUAUUUCCCUUUUUUUUUUGUUUUUAACGACGAAUUCUAUGUUGUGCAAAUUUUGAAUUCGAUAGAUUCAAAAUUAUAAAAUCGAUAAAUUUUCAUAUGUUAGGUCACACCUAAAAUACAAUUUAAAUUACACAAAACCUAUCGAACGAUUCUUCUGCUAAGCACUGUUAUCGAUUUGCCGAACACAUGCCGUUUGUUUACUACAAUUGUGCAAUGUUUUAUUAAAAAGUGAGUUGAAUUGCAAAUCCAAAAAAUGAGUGACAAGCCAAAUCAAAAUCCCGGAGAGGGCAUUCGCUCCAUGCGAAGCACCAGCGUUUUUCGACUGAUUAAUUUUGAGCUGUAUACAAAGCCGAACAAAAUUAUAAUGGGUAUAGGCCUGCUAGCCGUAACUGGAGUCUUUGGCUAUAUUGCCUAUAUGCGUCACAAGUAUGAAGAUCUUGGUUACUAUGUGGCGGUCAAGGAAAAUGGUCGUGAGGAAUUUGUUAAAAAGAAAUCCAAUUGGGAAACAUAAAAAAAAACUUAUUUCUUGAAAUUUUAAAUUUAUUUUUCUUUUUUUGUUUUUACUGUGUAGCACAAUUUGGUACAUGAAUUGAGUCUAUUAUUGUGGUUGCCAAAAAUAUAUUAUAUAAAAAGAAAUCACAAUAGUAAAACAUGUUUUAUCUUGAUUUUGUUUUUGAUAACUUUGAAAAAUUUGCGCACGUAAUGAAAACAGCACUAAACAUUUCAUGUUUCGAUAGCAAAUUAAUAUAUAAGGGGAGGGAGGAAGGAAGUUCGAAAGUACACAAAUUACAGGGAAUCCAGAAAUAAACCAACUCAAUGAGUGUUUCUCGAUAGUUUUGUUUGUUUGUUGUUGUAUCACACAUUUAACAGUUGAUGAUGAUGAUGGCAUUUGGGGAUCGGUUUGGAUAACUAGGCGGACAAUUUGAG